AGAGGAAAAACUUAACUUUGUCCAGUCUGCGCUAACUCAGUAAAAAAGUAGCAGCACAACAAACAAUCAUCUAUUUUCUCUCCAUAGUCUUAUCAAUGCUUUCAAUCGCUAAACGACUUCAAAGAUUCCAACCUUGCCUUCAAGUUCGUUCCGCUCAUGCCGCCGCCAGCUCAUCAUCCCCUUCACCGCCGCGGCGACGGCGUUCCAAGUUAUCUCCGUCAUCAAUGUUGAAGAAAAUCGACGAGAAGUCGGAGUGGUGGGUAGUUGAUGGAGAAAUGCACGAAAUUGGGGAAAACAUACCGCUUAGAGAGAGAUUUGUAAUACCCAGACAGAAUAUUCCUAAUAAGCGUCGUAAGCAGAUGCGUGACCAGUUUAUGCGUCGUACUCGCCUGGUUCUUAAAGAAUCUGAGCAUGAACCAUGGUGCAAAAGAUAUAUGGAAUUGUAUAACGAGAUGAGAGAGAACUGGGAGAGGCUAUAUUGGGAUGAGGGUUAUUCUAAAAAGCUGGCUCAAGAUCAUGCAAACUAUGACUCUGCUGAAGAUGAUGAUGAAGAUUUCUCUCCAUACAGGAGAAGUAAACCUUAUGCUGACCAAAUGAAGGAACACGGAGGUACAGGGAGAAAUAGGCAAGGUGAUAAUUGGGAGAAGGUUAGCCUAAUCCGUGAUAAAUUUGAGUAUGACAGAGAGAGAAGAAUGAGAGAAAAAGCAUUUGCACCCAUGAGUGGAGCAAACAACAUCGGUACAGAUUACUCAACUCCCAAGUACCAGGCCUUUGACACUCGGAGAUACAUCUCUGACAGUGAUGGUGACAUUGACUGACAGAAAAGACGCUCGCUCACAUUUCAGAAACUAGCAUCAAUGGUCUCGUUUGUUUGUGAGCAAUUUUCACAUGACACAGAUGAUAACUCAACGUGCGAACCAGCAAGGGAAAUGUUGAAAAUGCUCCUUCAAAGUCACCUGCAUGAGUUCAGUUCAGAUAUCCAGAAAGAAAUGUGCUUAGCGCUCUUUGUAAAUUUCGGAAGCAGACUUCUCUACUCUGUUACUUUUCUACUGCGCUAUCUGUGGAAGGCCGAGCUUUCUUAAAGCAUGUUUUGCGAAGCAAUGUAGCUUGGGAUUUGUAAAGGGACCAUUACUUCAAAUGUGCAAGAAUGGUUGUGCUGCAGAUACAAUCUAUUUUGGGGUUUAGCAAAACGUCUUUGAACUUACUC